AGAUAUAGGUAAAAAAUGAAGACAUUCAACAGAUUUCUUGUCUUGUUGGCUGGCAUGUUAUCAAGUUGCUGCAUUUCGGAAGGGGCUUCAAUCAAAGACACUAAUGCAUUUAGUUGGCAAUGCAAUAACACAAUGAUCCACGCCCUUCAUCUUGGAGAGGAGUAUUUCAUCGAGCGUGUUCUUUUCCCUUCUCUUGGUCUAACAGGAAUCAUUAUCAGGAUUGGAUCUCUUGCAGCAAGAAUGAUCAAUCACGUUUACGUCAAAACUUUAGAAAGGCUCUCCGUGGAAUUUUUUAAGGAACUGGUAUUGUCGUUGUUUAAAAAAGUGGCAGAAGAAAUCCCUUUUGUACACGCACUUUUAGACGCACUAAAUAUCUUCAAUAAUGAAAUUGCUUCAUCCGUAUGCCGAACAUCAGGGUUUAUGAUAGACCGAAUAGCCGACAAGCGUGAUUUUCCAUCGUUGUUUUUCAAGAAUUAUUUCAGUAGACUUACCUGGAUAGAAAAACUGAUGUACUGGUUUGAAUCUUUUAUCACAUCAAUAGAAAAGGAUUGGGAAUUUUUUUAUAAUGAAUUGAAGAGGGACAUAGAGGGAUUUGUUAAUUAAUAAAAAUGGUCAAAAUUUGUCUAGGUGCAAUUAUAUUCUAAGUAUU